AUGUUGUCUUUGAGAAGAAAAACAGAAAAUCACCACCGUUCCAGGAAAAAGCUGACGUCUAAUUUGCACUCUGAGGAUGAUAUUUCGAACAGUUCAGGUCCAGAUAUUACAAAUGGGGUAGGAGUGUCAGCAGGUAAUGCACAAAUGAGUACGGCAGCUGAUUCGGAUGCGAAAUUGUACGGAGAAGCAGACUCUAGUAAUGUUGCAUUGGAUAGUACCUUUUCGACUUUCAAUUUGAUUUUUGAUAAACUGCGCAGUGCACUGCCAAGUGAAAGGAUUGCAGCAUCUUAUGAACUGAGAUCAUCACUAAUAUCACUGGUGAGGGAAGUUACAAUUGAGCAGUUUCAAAGAUUUAGCAAUAAAAUCAAUAACAAAAUUUUUGAAUUAAUCCAUGGUUCGAGCACAAAUGAAAAAAUCGGUGGUAUUCUGGCGGUGGAUACACUUAUAGAUUUCUAUGCUCACACAGAAGAAUUGCCCAAUCAAACUUCAAGACUUGCUAAUUACUUGAGGGUUCUUAUACCAUCGAAUGAUAUUGAGGUUAUGAGACUCGCGGCUAAUACUCUCGGUAAAUUGGCUGUACCUGGUGGUACACUCACGACGGAUUUUGUGGAGUUUGAAGUAAAGACUUGUAUCGAAUGGUUAACUACUUCGCCAGAGAAUGCGUUGUCAAGUUCCAAGCAAGAGUAUAGAAAGCAUGCGUCAUUACUUAUCAUAACCGCUUUGGCAAAUAAUUCACCAUAUCCUUUAUAUUCAUAUGUCAACUCUAUCCUAGAUAACAUCUGGAGAGCAUUGAGAGAUACCAAGCUUGUUAUCCGAAAGGAUGCCGCCAUAACGCUUGGUAAGUGUUUAAGUAUAAUACAGGACAGAGAUGCUGCGCUGACAAAACAAUGGGUACAACGGCUAUUCAAAGAAUGCGUCUACGGAUUGACUAUCAACACAAACGAAUCUAUUCACGCUACACUACUGGUCUAUCGGGAGCUUUUAUCACUCAAUAGUGUUUACUUGAACGGCAAGUAUGACGAGAUAUAUCAGUCAUCCAUGAGGUACAAGGACCACAAAUAUGAUGUUAUACGUAAAGAAGUCUAUGCAAUUUUGCCUCUUUUGGCAAAAUUUGACUCAACUCAAUUCACAAGCAGAUAUCUGGAUCAGACCAUGGUUCAUUAUUUGACUAUACUAAAAAGUAUGAACGCCAAUGCGGCUAAUAGUUCUGACAAAACGGCAAUUUUAGUUUCCAUUGGUGACAUUGCUUUCGAAGUAGGUUCAAAUAUUGUUCCGUACAUGGACCCCAUUUUGGACAAUCUAAAAGACGGUCUGCAGACGAAGUUCAAAAUUCGUAAGUAUUUUGAGAGAGAAAUCUUUUAUUGCAUUGGAAAAUUAGCUUCCGCUGUAGGCCCAGCACUAGCGAAGUACUUGAAUAGGGGUCUUCUGGAUCUUUUACUCUCAUGCCCACUUUCAGACUACAUGCAACAGACAUUAUUGAUUUUCAAUGAAAAAAUACAAGCAUUGGAGCCCACAAUUAAUUCAAGGCUAUUGGACUUGUUGUGCAUAUCUUUGUCUGGUGAAAAAUUCAAGCAACCAGGAUCGCCUGCAUCCAUGACGCCUCUGUCUAUCGAAAAAGCUCGUCAGUGGAGGAACCAAAGUAUAUCACGUAAGACCGGUGAAGUAAAUGAUGAUACUAACGAUGCUCAAAUUUUAACACAAGCAUUCAGAAUGUUACAGACAAUCAACCACAAAUAUUCUUUGACAGAGUUCGUGAGACUGGUAACAAUCUCUUAUAUUGAACACGAAAAUAGUUGUGUUAGGAAACUGGCAGCUCUUACUUCAUGCAGUCUGUUUAUGAAAGAUAAUAUAUGUAAGCAGACUUCUUUGCAUGCUUUAAACUCGGUUUCUGAAGUACUGAGUAAACUUUUGACCGUUGCAAUAACCGACCCAGUUGCCGAAAUACGUUUUGAGAUUUUACAGCACCUAGAUUCUAGCUUUGAUCCACAGCUGGCCCAGCCAGAUAACAUGCGGUUACUAUUUAUGGUUUUAAAUGAUGAGGUAUUCGCCAUUCAAAUGGAAGUCAUACGUAUCAUUGGUAGAUUGGCAACAGUGAACCCCGCUUAUGUGGUACCGUCAUUAAGGAAAACAUUAUUGGAGCUGUUGACAAAGCUAAAGUACUCUAAUAUGCCUCGCAAAAAGGAGGAAAGUGCAACUCUAUUGUGUGCCCUUAUCAGUUCAAGCAAAGAGGUAACCAAGCCUUAUAUUGAACCAAUAUUAGAUGUUUUACUUCCAAAAUCGCAAGAUACAUCUUCUGCUGUUGCGUCUACCUCUCUUAAAGCAAUAGGUGAAUUAUCUAUUAUCGGUGGAGAAGCCAUGAGGAGCUAUCUAGAUGAGUUGAUGCCUCUCAUUAUCAGUACAUUCCAAGAUCAAUCUAAUUCUUUCAAAAGAGAUGCUGCAUUGAAAACCCUAGGUCAGCUGUCCGCAUCUUCAGGAUAUGUGAUUGAACCAUUAUUAGAUUAUCCUGAACUGCUGGGGGUUUUAAUCAAUAUCCUAAAAUCUGAGAGCGCGCAGAACAUUAGAAGGGAAACAGUUCGGUUAAUAGGUAUAUUAGGUGCAUUAGAUCCUUAUAAACAUAGGCAGGUCGAAGUUUCCUCCAAUGCGAUGAUAUCAGUGGAGCAGAACGCUCCUUCAAUUGAUAUUGCGCUUUUAAUGCAGGGCAUGUCUCCCACUAACGAGGAGUAUUAUCCUACAGUGGUUAUUAACACUCUUAUGAAAAUUUUAAGGGACUCAUCACUCUCGUCCCAUCACACCGCUGUAAUUCAGGCUAUUAUGCACAUAUUUCAGACACUUGGAUUACGAUGCGUUUCUUUUUUGGGCCAAAUAAUCCCAGGAAUAAUAUCAGUCAUGCAUUCAUGUCCACCAUCACUUUUAGAAUUUUAUUUUCAGCAACUUGGUCUACUCGUUUCUAUUGUCAAGCAGCAUAUUCGACCACACGUUGACGAGAUAUAUGGGGUCAUCGAAGAAUUUUAUAUGAUUCCAAAGCUCCAGAUUACUAUCAUAUCGGUUAUAGAGGCUAUAUCCAAGGCUCUGGAAGGUGAAUUGAAAAGAUUCGUUCCAAGAACUCUGACUUUCUUCUUAGCUAUUUUCGAGAAUGAUAAAUCCAGUAAUAAAGCGGUUUCUAUACGAAUCUUGAAAUCACUCGUCGUUUUUGAUACUAACUUGGAAGAUUAUGCCUACUUUAUCAUUCCAGUAAUAGUUCGAAUGGCGGAAUUCUCUUCCGGGACUUUAAAGAGAAUGGCAAUCGUCAUACUGGGAAAACUGGCAAAAAAUAUUAACCUCUCGGAAAUGUCUUCCAGAAUUGUUCAAACGCUGGUUCGUAUACUUAACAGUGAAGACAGAGAAUUAAUUAAGGCAACACUGAAUACAUUAAGUAUUUUACUUCUGCAAUUGGGAACAGAUUUCACCAUUUUUAUACCUGUCAUCAACAAGGCUUUGGUGAGGAACCAUAUCCAACAUUCAAUUUAUGACCAGCUAGUUAACAAAUUGCUAAACAAUGAGGGCUUGCCGACGAAUAUCAUUUUUGACAAAGAGUUUGACACGAGCACAAAAGAGACAGGGGAAUUAGAAUCUUCAGCUAAAAAGCUGCCGGUAAAUCAGUUGGUUUUGAAGAACUCUUGGGAUUGCAGCCAACAAAGAACGAAGGAAGACUGGAAAGAAUGGAUCAGGCGAUUGUCGAUUCAACUUUUGAAAGAAUCACCAUCUCAUGCUUUGAGGGCCUGUUCGGGAUUGGCGGGCAUAUAUUUCCCCCUUGCAAGAGAUCUAUUCAAUGCUUCUUUUUCUAGCUGUUGGACCGAACUUUAUACACAAUAUCAAGAAGAUCUGGUCCAGUCGCUAUGCACAGCAUUAUCCUCUCCUCAAAACCCACCAGAAAUUCACCAAACUUUGCUAAAUCUUGUAGAAUUUAUGGAACAUGACGAUAAAUCCUUACCUAUACCAAUCCAAACUUUGAGCCAAUAUGCCCAGAGAUGUCAUGCCUACGCAAAGGCAUUACAUUACAAAGAAGUUGAAUUUAUCCAAGAGCCAUCAACAUCGACAAUUGAGUCGCUGAUUAGCAUUAAUAAUCAAUUGCACCAGACUGAUGCAGCUAUUGGUAUUUUGAAGCACGCUCAACAACAUCAUGAUCUUCAACUAAAGGAAACAUGGUUUGAAAGAUUGCAAAGGUGGGAAGAUGCCCUGAAUGCUUACAAUCAGAGAGAAGUCUCAGGAGAAGACUCUCUAGAAGUUACGAUGGGUAAAAUGAGAUCUUUACAUGCUUUGGGUGAAUGGGAUCAGUUGGCGGAGCUGGCUUCUGAGAAAUGGAAUGUAUCAAAACCGGAGGUGCGCAUAGCGAUGGCCCCAUUGGCAGCAGGAGCAGCAUGGGGGCUCGCACAAUGGGACAAGAUAGAACAGUACAUUAAUGUUAUGAAACCACAGUCACCAGAUAAGGAGUUUUUUGAAGCUGUUUUAUGUCUUCAUAGGAACAAGUUUGAAGAGGCAGAAAAUCACAUUUUUAAUGCCCGUGAUCUCCUAGUCACGGAAAUUUCCGCGCUCAUCAACGAGAGUUAUAAUCGAGCUUACAAUGUCGUCGUUAGGACACAAAUUAUUGCAGAACUCGAAGAAAUUAUGAUGUAUAAGAAACUCCCACAGACAUCCGAUAGACGUGCGCUAAUUAGAAAAACGUGGAACAGAAGGCUAUUAGGUUGUCAAAAAAACGUGGACGUAUGGCAAAGAGUGUUGAGGGUUAGAUCCUUGGUAGUGAAGCCUAAACAAGAUAUGCAAAUUUGGAUCAAGUUUGCUAAUCUUUGUAGAAAGUCAGGAAGAAUGGGACUCGCACAGAAAGCUUUGAAUUCGUUACUUGAGGAAGGCGGCGAUCCUGAUCAUCCAAAUACCGCAAGAGCUCCUCCUCCGGUAGUCUAUGCUCAGCUGAAAUAUCUAUGGGCCUCUGGAUCUCAAAAAGAGGCUCUUCGUCACCUGAUUGGUUUCACAUCAAGAAUGGCACACGACUUAGGUUUAGACCCUAGCAAUAUGAUAGCCCAAAGCGUGCCACAGAAUAGCACGAUAGCUCCCAGUCAUGUGGAGGAUUACACAAAGCUGCUUGCCAGAUGCUUUUUGAAGCAGGGUGAAUGGAGAGUUUCUCUUCAAGCAAACUGGAGGAUGGAAAGUCCAGAUGCUAUCUUGGGGUCAUAUUUAUUGGCAACACACUUUGAUGAUAAGUGGUACAAAGCUUGGCAUAAUUGGGCGUUAGCAAACUUUGAAGUCAUUUCCAUGAUAACAUCUGGAUCUCGUGAAGAAGCUGGUCGAGGUCAAGAUAGUACGUUCAACGGUAUAUAUAGAAUCGAAAAUGGAAUGAUGGGUUCCGGCUCUUUCAGUAAUGAAGGUAACAAGUAUCCAAUCGAAUUAAUUCAAAGGCACGUUGUUCCUGCUAUCAAAGGAUUUUUCCACUCAAUCUCUUUGUCCGAGUCGAGCUCUUUGCAAGAUACUUUAAGAUUGUUGACUUUAUGGUUUACUUUUGGGGGCAUUCCUGAAGCAGCUCAGGCGAUGCACGAAGGCUUUAGUCUCAUCAAGAUCGGAAAUUGGUUGGAAGUUUUACCACAAUUGAUUGCUCGUAUUCACCAGCCUGAUAAGGUUGUCAGUCGUUCCCUGCUAUCUUUGCUUUCCGAUUUUGGUAAGGCACAUCCACAAGCUUUGAUUUAUCCUUUGACAGUGGCAAUUAAGUCUGAAUCUGUUUCCAGGCAGAAAGCCGCUUUAUCAAUAAUUGAAAAGAUGCGCAUCCACAGUCCUGUUCUGGUCGACCAGGCAGAAUUGGUUAGCCACGAAUUGAUUCGUGUUGCUGUUUUGUGGCAUGAGCAGUGGUACGAAGGCUUGGAGGAUGCAAGCAGGCAGUUUUUCGGUGAACACAACACAGAGAAAAUGUUUGCAACUUUAGAGCCGCUGCAUGAAAUGCUCAAGAGAGGACCGGAAACUUUGCGAGAAAUUUCAUUCCAAAAUUCAUUUGGAAGAGAUCUGAACGAUGCCUACGAGUGGGUUACCAAUUACAAACGGAGGAAGGAUGUGAGUAACUUGAAUCAAGCCUGGGAUAUUUACUAUAAUGUUUUCCGCAGGAUUAGCAGACAACUUCCUCAGUUGCAAACCCUCGAGUUGCAGCAUGUGUCUCCGAAACUUCUCGCUGCGCAUGAUUUAGAACUGGCCGUACCAGCUACUUAUAUGGCAGGGAAGCCUAUAAUCAGAAUUGCCCGAUUUGAGCCUGUAUUUACGGUCAUAUCCUCGAAGCAGAGACCUCGUAAAUGUUCUAUCAAAGGUAGUGACGGAAAAGAUUAUCAAUAUCUCUUGAAAGGGCACGAGGAUAUCAGGCAAGAUAGUUUGGUUAUGCAAUUGUUUGGUCUAGUCAACACAUUGUUGCAAAAUGAUUCUGAAUGUUUCCAGAGACAUCUCGACAUUCAACAAUAUCCCGCUAUUCCUUUGUCUCCAAAGUCUGGUUUACUGGGAUGGGUGCCUAAUAGUGACACUUUCCAUGUAUUAAUCAGGGAACAUCGAGAAGCCAAGAAAAUACCACUCAAUAUGGAGCAUUGGGUUAUGCUGCAAAUGGCACCUGAUUAUGAUAACUUAACAUUACUUCAAAAAGUAGAAGUCUUCACGUACGCUCUGGACAAUACUCGGGGUCAGGAUCUUUACAAGGUACUCUGGCUAAAGAGUCGAUCUUCCGAGUCUUGGUUGGAAAGAAGAACAACUUACACCAGAUCACUGGCAGUUAUGUCUAUGGUGGGCUACAUUUUAGGAUUAGGCGAUAGACACCCAAGUAAUUUGAUGCUUGACAGAAUAACUGGUAAGGUAGUUCACAUCGAUUUCGGUGACUGUUUUGAAGCUGCAAUAUUGAGGGAGAAAUAUCCUGAAAAAGUUCCAUUUAGGCUAACUAGAAUGUUGACCUACGCCAUGGAAGUUAGCGGUAUCGAAGGAAGUUUCCGUAUUACCUGUGAAAAUGUCAUGAGAGUCCUGCGAGAUAACAAAGAAUCAUUGAUGGCCAUUUUAGAAGCAUUUGCGUUUGAUCCAUUGAUUCACUGGGGCUUUGAUCUGCCAACCCAGACUAUUUUAGAGCAUACAGAUAUUCAACUGCAGCUAAGUAACCCAAGCGAGCUAUUGAGGAAGGGUGCUAUCAAUGUGGAGGAAGCUGCCAGGAUGGAGCUCGAGCAGAAAAACGAAUUAAGGAACGCAAGGGCGAUGCUUGUGUUGAAGCGCAUAACUAACAAACUUACCGGUAAUGAUUUUAAAAGGUACCACGAAUUAGAUGUUCCUGAACAAGUCGACAAAUUAAUACAACAAGCAACUUCCAUUGAAAACCUGUGUCAACAUUAUAUUGGCUGGUGUCCAUUUUGGUGA